AUGCUGCUGGCGGGCGCUGCGGCGUGGCGGCGGCGGCGGCGGGACCCCGCGAGCGGCUGCGUUAGGCGCGUUGGGGCCGCGGGGCGCUGUGGUCGCGCUCCGCCGGGCGGGAGCCCCCGGGGCCGAAGAGCCCCCCGAGCCGGCUGCUCAUGGCGGGAACUUGGGGCCCGGGCUGGGCCGGGGGCCGCCGCCGCCUGGGCUGCUGCUCGCGCGGCGCCGCCUCAGCGCCCGCCUCGGCGCAUCGCCGUGCGCCGCGCUCCCGCCUGGCGGGCUGGCUCCGAGCGUGUGAGCGCGGGCGGCGGGUCGGGCAGGGCUCGGGCAGCGCGGCCGGGGCGGCAGAGGCUGGUGCCGCCCGCGCGCCCGACUCGCCCCCUGUCCCGCUCUCCGCCCGCCCCUCUGCACUUGCUGCCCGCCUCCCUCCUUCUGCCUUUAUCCCCCCGCCCCCCAAGCUCGCCCUCCGCCGGCAUCACGUGUCGCCAUCACACUCAUUGGGAGUCUCUGCCUCGCCUGUCGCCACGUUUCAGGAGCAACGAGGACACUCCGUUGCUGUCCUCUGCGCGCCCUCCCCGCUGCCACCGCCCCCUGCUCCGAGGAGGAGCGCACCGUGGCCCAGAUGCGACCAAAGGGCCCCCACCCCUAAUGCCCCGGGAAAGGCAGAUGGGAGCGGACGGGCUCCGAGGGUGCGGGAGGGGAGAGAGGCUUGGGGCGGGGACAGCAGAGCUCCCUCCGGAGCCACCUUGGGAAGCGUGA